AUGAGUGACAGAGAAUCUGAGGUUGAAUUCGAAAAUGAAACAAUGUCGAGAGAUCUUGGUGAUGACCCAAUACCUAAUGAUAAAAUAAUAUUAAAUGUCGGUGGCAUUAAGUAUGAAACUUAUCGAACGACUUUAACGGCUUAUCCAGAAACCCUUCUCGGUACAAUGUUCCAUCCACGCAACAAAGAAAUGCUUCACCCUACAAAUGGAAAUGAAUAUUUCAUUGAUCGCAACGGUUACGCAUUUCAUUAUGUUAUGGAAUAUUAUCGUACUGGUUCAAUUAUAUGGAGUCCUGCAUUAGAAACUUCAAGUGUUUUUUCAUCUUCUCCCCUUUCUUCUAUAAUUCCUUGUUCUCUUUCCUUACCAUCAUCACAUACUGAAGUUAAUAAUGCUACUGUUCCAACUGGUGCCGCCGCCGCCGUAAUAGCUUCCACUUCUUCUUUUAUUAAUAGAUCUCAAAUUAACCCUCAAAUUAACUCUCAAAUUAAUCCCCAAAUUAACUCUCAAAUUAACCCUCAAAUUAACCCUCAAAUUAAUCCUCAAAUUAAUCCUCAAAUUAACUCUCAAAUUAACCCUCAAAUUAAUCCAUUAAACUCUCAAUUUAAUUACUUUCAAAUUCCAUUCACUUCUCAAGUUUCUGUUGCUCAAAAAGCUGCUGGUGAACUUUUAGAUUCUUUUGCUUAUGCAAUUGAAGAAGUUCUUUGUGCUAGUAUCGCAAAAUUAAUAGAUCGAAUUUCUAUAACUUUUUAUCGUGAUGGUUCUCAUGUGGAAUAUUUACAAUUGUCUCAAGAAGGUAAUAAAUUAAGAGAAUUUUCUUUAAAUGGUUAUUGUAUUAUUAACCAUUUUUAUGAAGACAUUAAAAAAUACCUUGAAGAAAUUUUUCCUAAUAUGAAAAUUAAAUUGGAAUUUGGUGCUAAUUAUAAAUGUUUAACUAUGAGUAUGAGUCAUCUUUUUACUAGAAAUACUAUUAAGGAACAUUCAAAAAUUGGUAAAUUAAACAAAAAUUAA